GUCAACCUCCCGCGUGGUGCGCACGCGACAGAACGUUUUCCUGCGUCACCCUCGCCCUUCCCCCCAUCCCAAAAAGAACGCCUCACCUUGGCAGCCAAACGGCCGGUUGUCCAACGGUUGUACGUACUGCCGACAGACUGCCCGCCGCUGCCGCUGACCGGGAUCGCGACUUGCCUCUUUUCGGCCUUCAAUCGCCUUCCGCAUUGGGCGGCGCUGCCCCGCAUCUGCGUCAGCAGCGGCUCUAGGACCAAGGGACCGACUAGUAGUUACGUUCGUUCGUACUGCAAGUCGCAGCUCAAGAGUCGCCAGUCUCAGACAAACCCUGGCACGAGGGACAUCUCAGACAUUGAUUCUCCUCCUUCUCCUCACGCUCCUUCAACAAAGCCUCACAAGAAACGCAACAUGGGGCACAUGCACGAGGCCAACAGGCCGCCCCCCUCGGGCAAGGAGCCGCAGGCCGAGCUCGAGGAGGGCCAGGUCUUCGCCCACUCGGACCGCCUCAAGCGCUCCCUCUCCGCCCGCCAAGUGCAGAUGAUUGCCAUUGGCGGCACCAUUGGCACCGGUCUGUUCCUCGGCACCGGCAAGUCGCUGGCCACGGGCGGGCCGGCCUCGAUGCUCAUCUGCUACGCCAUCAUCGGCGCCAUCGUCUUCGUCACCAUGCUGUGCCUCGGCGAGAUGGCCGCCUUCAUCCCCGUCGCAGGCAGCUUCUGCACCUACGUCGGCCGCUUCGUCGACGACGCCUUUGGCUUCGCCCUAACCUGGAACUACUGGUUCAACGACGCCGUGUCCACCGCCUCCGACCUGGUCGCGCUGCAGCUCAUUCUCAAGUACUGGACCGACAACUUUCCCGGCUGGGCCUUGAGUCUCAUCUUUUGGUUCGUCCUCAUCGGCCUCAACAUUAUCACCGUGCGCGCCUAUGGCGAGGUCGAGUACUGGCUCAGCCUGCUCAAGGUCAUCACCAUUGUUGUCUUCAUCGUCAUGGGCAUUGUCGUCAACGUGGGCGGCAACAUGGAUCACCACUAUAUUGGCGGUGAGAACUGGCACAUUCCCGGCGCGCCGUUUGUCGACGGCAUUGGGGGCUUCGCCUCUGUCUUCGUGACGGCGUCAUUUGCCUAUGGCGGCACCGAGUCCAUUGCAAUCACGGCUGGCGAGACCAAGAACCCGACCAAGAACAUGCCGCGAGUCGUCAAGAACGUGUUCUGGCGCAUCCUGCUCUUCUACAUCCUGUCGAUCCUGCUCAUCGGACUCAACGUACCCUACACGUACCCCAACCUUUCGUCCAAGGAAACGACCACGUCGCCCUUCACCAUUGUGUUCCAGAUGACGGGCGCCAAGGCUGCUGGCAGCGUCAUCAACGCCGUCAUCCUCACCAGCGUCUUGUCUGCGGGCAACCACGCGCUUUUCGCGGGUGCGCGUCUUUUGUUCACACUUGGCGCCGAGGGUCACGCCCCGCGCUUCUUUAGCAAGCUAAACCGCCACCAAGUGCCGUGGGUUGCAGUUCUGGCGACCAGCCUCGUCGCAGGGCUGUGUUUUGGUUCCAGCUUCAUCGGCGCAGGGCAGCUCUGGACCUGGUUGCAAAAUCUUGUCGGCGUCUCAAAUCAGCUCAGCUGGAUCUCCAUUGGCAUCGCUUCUCUGCGAUUCCGCGCGGCGCUCGAGCGCCAGGGCAAGACGCACCUGCUCCCCUUCAAGAACUGGACGUACCCGUGGGGCCCGUGGAUUGCCAUUGUGCUCAACAGCUUCCUCGUCCUCGUCCAGGGGUGGAGCUGCUUCAGCCCGAAAUUCGAUGCCGUCAGCUUCGUCAGCUUCUACAUUGAGCUGCCUGUGAUGCUCGUCAUGUUUGUGGCGUGGAAGGUGAUCAAGCGGACCAAGUUCGUGAGAUUGGAGGAAAUGGAUCUCGAGACAGAUGUCUACCCAGCGGAGCCGGAGCUGGAGAAGGAGAAAGGAUGGCGGUCGAGAGCAAAGAGCGCAGUGACGUGGGUGUUUUAGCAUUUAGCGGCAUAGCAAUUGCAUAUCUGUUUCCUGUUGAG